AUGUCAGCGUACACCAAAGGGGAGUAUGAGCAGCUAGACGCAGCCUCUGGCAGAGGUGUCGAUUCACCGGAAGUGCCAAUGCGGCGCUUUUACGAAGUCUGCAUGGUGUUCCAGCACAAGACGGACAAAAGAUUUGCGUUUGACGAGCAAGAAAACGAGUUCCACCGGGCUCUGCCACCUGCCUCGCCAGAGGAUCAUACGAAGAUGCAGAUGUGGAAGCAACAUCGGGAAUCUAUCUUAAAGACGCUGCAGAACUGCGGCCUCAACCUGUACUGCUUCUACAGCAGAGAUAGAGAUCAAAUCUUGGUGAAGAUCGGAGCUGGUGCGCAGAAGCUUCGAGACACCGCUGCAAGGAAGCGAUACAAGCUUCAGCUUAAGAAGGAGUAUCUGAGUGCCUUUGCCGAGUUCCGGCACGACCAUCCGGGCAGGCCGGAGUUCCGCUUCGCCGACCGGCGUAUCAUCUCACACAUUUACCAAACACACACCGAGGACAAUCUGGACGGCAGCGGCAUCUUCAAGACGGUCGACAAGAUCCAGCUGAUCUCCCACAUCAUCCAAUCCAAGGACAAAGACUGUGCAGGCAUCAAUGUAGCGAAGCUCUUGCACCAGAAAGAGGUAAAGGCUUUCUUCCCAUUGCAUGAACAGUCUGUCAUGGACAAGAUCAAGUCGCUCCAGUUCAAAUGGUUCUGGCCUGACGAAGAGCAUGCAAACCGGCUGCGGGACUACUUCGGUGACAAGAUCACCUUCUACUUCUUGUGGAUGGCCUUCUAUGUGAAGUGGCUCUCGCCGCUGGCGUGCCUAGGCCUUUUCCUUCAAUUCAUUGACUGGUGUGCACGGACGCCCGACAAUGUGACGGCGAUCCCUUUUUGCGUACUGAUGAGUAUUUGGUCCCUGUGUCUACCACACUUCUGGCGCCGGCAAGAGGCCAAGUGUGCCAUCAGCUGGGGAUCCAUGGAUCUGGUCGAGCAGCUUGAGCCCCACCGGCCAGAGCACACGGGAGAACAGCUCAUCAACCCUGUGACUUCGCAGGCAGAGCCACACUAUCCGCUUUCCAAGCGCAUCUUCAAUUACCUGGUGAGUGCUGCAGCGAUGGCCGUCGCAGCGUGUGUCUGCAUGCUUUGCAUUCUCAUUCUCCUCUUCAUUCGCCACAACAUCAAGAACGAAGUGCAUCAUCGCAUCAUUCUGUUCCAGUUCGGCAUUGCUGCCUAUGUAGAGACCACCAACUUCUUGCUGGAUGUGCUUGCAACAUUUCUCACGAACUAUGAGAACCAUCGGACGCAAACGGAGUAUGAAACAGCUCUCCUUUGCAAGGGCAUGAUGCUCAAGUUCGUGAACUCCUUCUUUGCGCUCUACUAUGUGGCUUUCUUCAAAGAGCAUCAGACGCUCUUCAGUGAGCCCAUGGAGUGCCUCAGAGAUCAGUGCUUCCUGGACAUACAAGCGCAGCUGGGAAUCUUCGUGCUGUUCCGGCUGUUUGUUUCCAACGUGUUUGAGCACUUCUUUCCGAAAAUUCGUCUUUGGUUUCGGAGUUUGUCUUCGUACGACAAGAUGACUUUCGAGAAUUUCUACCAUGGCCAAGUCCUAGAGUUGGCGGAAAUGUCGGCCACGGAGCAGCAGGCAAAGAAGGAAAAGCACCGCAACUUCGAUCAGUUUGACGAGAUGCUUCUGACGCACGGUUAUGCCACACUGUUUGCAGUCACGUCCCCUUGGGUCUGCACUGCAACACUGUUGGCUGUCCUCGUGGAGAUUUGGGUUGACAUGAGAAGUCUUCUGGACAGCAGACAGCGUCCUUUCCCAACCCAGGCAAGGAACAAUGAGCCGUGGGGCACUGCCUUCGAAAUCUAUGGAGUAAUGGCAGCUCUGACAAACGUGCUGUUGCUGAUCUUCACGUCCUCGCAAUACUCUAGUUGGACGAUCACGGAGAAGAUCGUCUUCUUCUUCUUCCUGGAGCACUUGAUCUUUGGUGCAAGGUUGUUCGUUCAGGUCAUUUUCCCCCAGGUGCCGCAGGCAGUGGAGGUGUUGUCCCUGAAACAGGACAGUGUUGUCCACCGGUGUUUGGAAGGCAUCAAGGUAGAAAGCAACACAGACUUCAGCCUCUUUCGGGAAAGCCGUGUGCAGGAGGAUGUGCAGGUAUUUGGAUAUGACCUUCUCGAGACGGAUGAGGCAGAUUUGACCUUAUCAUUGAGAGACAGUGGCAAGUCCAUGUACCAGGGGGUGAUCGACGAGGUUGGCACACUACGUGUCAACAUCGGCAUGCCAGUCAGCAAGUGA